AUGGCUGAAUCGCAGCAAAACCUGGUACCACCAGGAUUACCGGGCUCGCAUGGCCAUGAUUGGCAACAGAGGAGUUUGUCUCCGGGAUCAUCCAACUAUCAAGGCCGUGCCCAAAGUCCAAAUUCGGACAACCGCGAUAGACACCAAGGAUCAAAGCACGUGGCCAUGGUUGAGGAGCCUUGGACGCUGACACAUAUGCUCUACGCCAACAUGGGCGGUUUCGUGGUCAAAGACAUGUCAGAAGAGCGAGACACUCGGUACUUGACCGUCACUGGAAAGCUGGUUCCCUUGGCCAUUCAACGCCAGCUCAUUGCGUCGGAGCCACCUGCAAGUAAAGCUGAAAUAAAGGACAAAUCAAAGGACAACAACCACACGAAGCUGCUCGCAGUCAUGCAGAUUGCGUAUUUCGAUGUCGAGUUCUUCAUGCGCUUCGCAUUACAUCUGCCUAUCACUCAGCUCGAGCUUGCCGUAGCGAGCGUUGCUGGUUAUGCAGUCAGCCAUUACCUACUUCUGUUUAUGGCCAAAGCCGAAGGCAGUUGA